GAAGAAGUACUUGAUGGACAAACUAGGUUUUAUAGAUGGCACAUGGACAUACCGUGUUAUGAGACACUACCUGGAAAAGUGACCCUGAUUCAUGGGGUUGUGAUUCCAAAAGUUCCAGACCAGAAGCUCGUGUUUGAGGAGCAAAGUGUAUUACCUAUUGCAACGGGUGCCAUUGUCUCUGGUGCCCUUGCAUUCUCAUUACUCACAUCCGAGGAGCAAGUCUUCGCCCUCAUCACAACCGUUCAGUACGCACCACGACCGUACGAAUGGAUUAGAGAUUGCAAGGCUGCCUCAGACGGCAUUACUGUAGCGCAGGUUGGGGAUUAA